GGGGGGUCCUGGCGGCGGCGGCGGGGCGGGGGAGGCGCCGGCAGCGGGGCCGCGGCUGACGGGUUCCGGUGUCGGGCGCAGACGUGUCGGCCGGUACCGCGGAGCGAGAGGCGCUCCCCCUGCCCGCUCGGAACAGCGACCGGCCCGGGGCCGGCCCGGCGGCGCCAUGUCCGGGACCAGCAGCCCCGAAGCCGUGAAGAAACUGCUGGAAAAUAUGCAGGGAGACCUGCGGGGCCUGAGCCUCGAGUGCCGGAAAAAAUUUCCCCCCGUUAAGGAGGCUGCUGAAUCAGGAAUAAUAAAAGUGAAAACAAUAGCUGCACGGAACACUGAUAUUUUGGCAGCAUUGAAAGAGAACAGUUCAGAGGUAGUUCAGCCUUUUCUAAUGGGUUGUGGAACAAAGGAACCAAAGAUCACUCAGCUGUGUCUAGCAGCCAUACAGAGGCUCAUGUCCCAUGAAGUUGUUUCAGAGGCUGCAGCAGGAAACAUUAUAAAUAUGCUUUGGCAACUGAUGGAAAAUAGUCUUGAAGAACUCAAAUUGCUUCAGACAGUUCUUGUACUUUUAACAACCAAUACAGUUGUGCAUGAUGAAGCACUGUCCAAGGCAAUUGUACUUUGUUUUCGAUUGCACUUCACGAAAGAUAACAUCACAAAUAACACUGCGGCAGCUACAGUGCGGCAGGUAGUUACUGUUGUAUUUGAGAGAGUGGUUGCUGAAGAUGAACGAUACAAAGGUACUAUUGACCAGCCAGCUGCAGUUCAAGGAAAUAGUAACAGAAGAUCUGUCAGUACACUCAAGCCAUGUGCAAAAGAUGCAUACAUGCUUUUUCAGGAUCUUUGUCAGUUAGUUAAUGCUGAUGCUCCCUACUGGCUCGUGGGUAUGACAGAAAUGACCCGGACGUUUGGCCUUGAACUUCUUGAGUCAGUCCUCAAUGACUUUCCACAAGUGUUUUUACAACAUCAGGAAUUCAGUUUUCUUCUUAAAGAAAGGGUAUGCCCUCUUGUUAUAAAGCUCUUCUCCCCAAAUAUCAAAUUCAGGCAAGGUUCCAGCACAUCGUCUUCCCCAGCACCAGUGGAAAAACCAUACUUCCCCAUCUGUAUGCGUUUGCUGAGAGUAGUUUCUGUUUUGAUUAAGCAAUUUUACAGUUUGCUGGUAACAGAAUGUGAAAUCUUUCUGUCCUUGCUGGUUAAGUUUCUGGAUGCAGACAAACCGCAGUGGCUAAGAGCAGUUGCAGUAGAAUCUAUUCACAGGCUUUGUGUGCAGCCUCAGCUAUUAAGGUCCUUUUGUCAAUCAUAUGAUAUGAAGCAACAUUCCACUAAAGUUUUCCGUGACAUUGUGAAUGCACUGGGGUCCUUCAUCCAGUCGCUGUUUCUUGUACCGAGCACCGGGAACACAUCAGUGACACCAAGCCAAACUGGAAGCAAUGCAUCAGGGAAUACUGGCUCAGCACAAACUAACCCGGGAGUGCUUGGAAUGGGAGGAGGUGCAACUGUAUUACCUGCCUUUGAGUACAGAGGCACUUGGAUACCUAUCCUGAAUGUAACAGUACAAGGCAGUGCUAAAGCUACUUAUUUGGAAAUGCUGGACAAAGUAGAGCCACCUACGAUUCCUGAAGGUUAUGCCAUGUCGGUGGCAUUUCACUGUUUACUGGAUCUUGUCCGUGGUAUCACUACCAUGAUUGAAGGAGAGUUGGGAGAGGCAGAAACAGUCGGUCAAACCACAACAGAGACAACUUCAUUACCAGCACAGUCUUCAGAGCAGCAAGACUUGCAGUCUGUAUCUGACCAAUCAGAGAAAGAACUAGUUAGCAGAGCUGUCUGGGAAGAAAUGGUGAAUGCUUGUUGGUGUGGUCUUCUGGCUGCUUUAUCGCUCCUACUUGAUGCAAGCACUGAUGAAGCUGCCACUGAAAAUAUUCUAAAAGCAGAACUGACCAUGGCUGCGCUUUGUGGAAGACUGGGUCUUGUAACAUCAAGAGAUGCCUUUAUCACUGCCAUUUGCAAAGGAUCCUUGCCUCCGCACUAUGCCCUUACUGUAUUAAACAGCACAACUGCAGCUCUGUCCAGUAAAUCAUAUUCCAUUCAGGGACAGAAUGUUCAAAUGAUCAGUCCCUCAAGCGAGUCUCAUCAGCAGGUUGUAGCAGUAGGGCAACCCUUAGCUCUUCAACCACAGGGAACAGUAAUGCUGACUUCAAAAAAUAUCCAGUGUAUGAGGACGUUACUCAACUUAGCUCACUGCCAUGGAGCCGUUCUUGGUACAUCGUGGCAACUUGUCCUGGCUACUCUUCAGCAUCUUGUAUGGAUUCUGGGACUGAAGCCUGGUGUUGGGGGUGCAUUAAAACCUGGAAGAGCUGUAGAAGGGCCCAGCACAGUCCUGACAACAGCAGUUAUGACUGACCUGCCGGUUAUAUCCACCAUACUUUCAAGGCUUUUUGAAAGCUCUCAGUACCUUGAUGAUGUGUCUUUACAUCACUUAAUAAACGCCCUUUGCUCCUUGUCUCUGGAAGCCAUGGAUAUGGCCUAUGGCAACAAUAAGGAACCAUCACUUUUUGCUGUUGCUAAGUUACUGGAAACAGGACUAGUCAACAUGCACAGGAUUGAGAUUCUUUGGAGGCCUCUGACGGGUCAUCUUCUGGAGGUCUGUCAGCAUCCAAACUCCAGAAUGAGAGAAUGGGGAGCAGAAGCUUUAACUUCUCUCAUUAAAGCAGGACUGACAUUCAGCCAUGAUCCUCCAUUAUCUCAAAAUCAGAGACUGCAGUUGCUUUUAUUGAAUCCACUAAAGGAACUGUCAAACAUUAGUCAUCCUGAUAUCAGGAUCAAGCAGUUGGAGUGUGUGCUGCAGAUUUUGCAAAGUCAGGGUGACAGCUUAGGACCUGGUUGGCCAUUGGUGCUUGGAGUCAUGGGGGCAAUCCGAAGUGAUCAGGGAGAGUCCUUAAUACGGACUGCAUUCCAGUGUCUUCAGUUGGUUGUGACAGACUUUCUUCCAACAAUGCCAUGUACUUGUCUACAGAUAGUUGUUGAAGUUGCAGGAAGCUUUGGACUUCAUAAUCAAGAACUAAAUAUUAGCUUAACUUCAAUUGGUUUGUUGUGGAAUAUUUCAGAUUAUUUUUUCCAAAGAGGUGAAAUAAUUGAAAAAGAGCUAAACAAAGAAGAAGCAGUGUUGCAGAAACAGGCAGAAGAAAAGGGGGUGAUGCUGAAUAGACCUUUUCAUCCUGCACCACCAUUUGACUGUCUUUGGUUAUGCCUGUAUGCCAAACUUGGAGAACUGUGUGUGGAUCCUCGACCUGCAGUUAGAAAGAGUGCUGGGCAGACAUUAUUUUCUACUAUUGGUGCUCACGGAACUUUAUUGCAACAUUCAACAUGGCACACAGUAAUAUGGAAGGUUUUAUUUCACCUGUUGGAUAGGGUUCGAGAAUCUUCUACCACAGCUGACAAAGAGAAGAUUGAAUCAGGAGGAGGCAACAUUCUCAUCCAUCAUUCAAGGGAUACAGCUGAGAAACAGUGGGCUGAAACAUGGGUAUUAACACUGGCUGGAGUUGCAAGAAUAUUUAACACCAGGAGAUACUUACUGCAGCCUUUAGGAGACUUUUCCCAAGCCUGGGAUGUUCUUCUUGAUCACAUCCAAUCAGCAGCACUUAGCAAAAAUAAUGAAGUUUCCUUGGCUGCUCUGAAAAGCUUCCAGGAGAUCUUACAAAUUGUUUCUCCUGUCCGAGACUCGGAGAAGCCCGACACACCACCUGCUAUCAAUGUUUCUGUACCUGUGGUGGUAGGGACGACAACUGCCACUAGCCUUGGCAGAUCAUUCAUGAGAACUGACUCCAUAGGAGAAAGAAUAGGAAGAUACAGUGGAUCUGAACCGCCUGUAAUAACUGACGAGAUUGAAGAUUUGAACCUUUGGUGGGCAGCCUGGAACAGCUGGUAUAGGAUUGGUUCAGAAAGUACAAGGCCUCCAAUUACUUGUGAUAAAUUGACUUUCAUUCCCAGCCAGCCUUUUCUUACAGCUUUAAUUCAAAUAUUCCCAGCUCUGUACCAACACAUCAAAACUGGUUUCAGCAUGGAUGAUCUCCAAAAGCUGGGAGUCAUUUUGCACGGUGCUGUUUCAGUUCCAAUCAGUUCUGAUGCUUCCCCUUUCAUCCUUCCAUCUUACACUGAAGCAGUUUUGACAAGUUUACAGGAAGCGGUGCUUACAGCUUUAGAUGUUUUACAAAAGGCUAUAUGUGUGGGCUCAGAAAGUAUGCAGAUAAUGUAUCCUGCAAUCUUUGACCAGCUGUUGGCCUUUGUAGAAUUUUCCUGCAAGCCUCCACAGUAUGGACAGCUGGAAACAAAGCACAUUGCAAAUGCAAAGUACAAUCAGAUACAACUAUUUGCACCGGCGGAGUGGGUAGCAUUGAAUUACGUACCGUUUGCUGAGAGAUCAUUGGAAGUUGUUGUGGACUUAUACCAAAAGACAGCUUGCCAUAAAGCUGUGGUAAUGGAGAAAGUUCUUCAGAACAUUAUUAAGACACUAAGAAUACCUCUUAGUCUGAAAUAUUCCUGUCCUUCUGAAAGCACAUGGAAGCUAGCUGUUUCCUCUCUCCUCAAAGUUCUCUCUAUUGGACUACCUGUUGCAAGGCAGCAUGCAUCUUCUGGAAAAUUUGACAGUAUGUGGCCAGAGCUAGCAAAUACUUUUGAAGACUUCUUAUUCACCAAAAGUACACCUCCUGAUAAUCUCUCAAUUCAAGAAUUUCAGAAGAAUGAGAGUAUUGAUGUUGAGGUGGUCCAGCUUAUCAGCACAGAGAUACUGCCAUAUGCUAAUUUCAUUCCUAAGGAAUUUGUCGGUCAAAUAAUGACUAUGCUCAAUAAAGGCUCAAUACACUCUCAGUCAUCCUCCUUUACAGAAGCCGAAAUAGAUAUUCGAAUGAGAGAGGAGUUCUCUAAGGUGUGUUUUGAAACGUUGCUCCAGUUUUCAUUCAGUAAUAAAGUCACAACUCCUCAGGAAGGCUACAUCUCUAGAAUGGCACUUUCUGUGCUCUUGAAAAGGUCGCAGGAUGUGUUGCAUCGCUACAUAGAAGAUGAGAGACUGAGUGGCAAAUGUCCUCUUCCACGGCAACAAGUAACAGAAAUCAUAUUUGUUUUAAAAGCUGUCAGUACUCUCAUAGAUUCACUUAAAAAAACUCAACCUGAAAAUGUUGAUGCCAACACAUGGGCGCAGGUUAUUGCCUUGUACCCGACUUUAGUAGAAUGUAUCACCUGCUCAUCCUCAGAAGUGUGCUCUGCUCUGAAAGAGGCACUGGUGCCCUUCAAGGACUUCAUGCAUCCACCAGCAUCCAAGGUACAGAACGGAGAGUCUUGACCCCAAAAAACUUUUCUUAUUUUUGAAGGAAAAAAGUAUCCCAAAAUGUUUGUUCCCAGGUGAAGUUUCUCUGAGGAAAUCUCUUGUGACUAGUACUUUGGCAACCAGUGCUGACUGCCUUUUAACUGUACUAACAAGAGCUCAGUAAUUCAAGAAUACAGGUUAUAACUCAAAGGUUCCAGAGUGAGUAGCAGUGCAAACCUUUGAUAAAUUUAACAGAAUAGUUGGAAUCAUUUAUAAUCUAAUGUACUUGCUACAGUAUCUUGAAGUGGUGAUUGAAAAGUGGGCUUAUGUACAGCUUGUUGUGUAUGUGUUAAUGAUGUAAUUAAAAAUAUUUCAAUUCAGUCAGAUUUAUUAGGCUGGUGUUUUGCACCCUUUUUUGGAAGUACGAAUUGUACUAAAAUUUUAUGCAAGAUGGUACUGUAACAUUCCAUAUAUCUGUAACCAGCCUUUGUAAACAAAGGGAACUGAUAUACUUGUGUGUAUAAUAAAUGGUACAGUUCUGUAUAAAAUAGUUGCAUUUAUUAUUUAAAUUCUUUUUAAAAUAUUGAUAAUGUUAAAUGCUUGAAAAUGUAUUUAUUAUGAAUAAGUUGUAUGCUUGCAUUUUUACUUACAGUUUGCCUUCUAAAUUGCCAGAUAUGCCCAUUCAUAUCUGCUCACUUUAGUUUUUGCUUAAUUGAAUGUAUCUUCUCUGUGGCCAUUGGACAUCUAAGAAAGGGUCAUAUGACAAAAGCUUGCAGCAAGCAGUCAGUAGUCUGCUGAUGUCAAACUUCAAAGCAGUUGACCUGAAAUAAGUUUGAAUAUGCAGAAAUCCACUGUAGCACUUCAGCACUACCAUACCUCACUUCAUAAUAUAUCUGUUUCGAGACGUUUGUUCUACUCAACUCUGUCCAUUUUCGUAGAUGCAGCCUUGCUUUAAAAAAAGCCACCACCACAUAUUUGAGGGUUGUUAGCCUUUUUUGACCUUCUUGGCAGGUAUCACAGUCUUUGAAUGAUGACCCAAGAAAGGUGAUUUCAAAUACUGGAAAUACUUGGCUGUAAUAUUCUGUUCAGUAAUUUUAAGUGCUUUGUUUUGUAAUUUGUAAUCAACCCAAACAAAUUGUUCUAAUCUUUUAAUUAUAAACCGUGUCUGAUAUAAAACCAUGAGAAGUGUAUUUUUGAAGAUAGUUACACAUUUAGAUGUGCAGUAAAAUUUGUCAUUAAGUAAAUGUGAAUUUGUUUCACAUAAUACACAAUCGAAGCAAAACACUUUUAAUAGUGUUGUUUUUAAAGUUUGUGACUUAGCACUUAAACUCUUAUUUAAUUAAUGACUAUUUCAAUAAUGUUUCACCUGUAUUCACAUAUUUUUAACCUGUGUUGUGAAAGCACAAAGGCCAAAUGUAAAAAAAAAAAAAAAAAGACAGGUGCCUUUCUAUGGAUUUCAGAGCUUACCUUUAGGUUUUUGUUCCUUAAAGUCUUUUGUAGAUAUUAAAAGAGAUUAUCAUGCAUAAGAAAUGGUAUUAUAGCUGUUUGCUUUAUGCUUUCCUGGAUGAAGGGGCACUAAUUUGUACAUGUGAAUAGAUGUAGAAGUUGUAGGAGCUUCAAGGUGAAGGUGUGAUGAACAGGUGAGGGUUAGAAAUACCCUGUGUGAAUAAUGUUACGCAAGCACAGCUUUGAACAGCUUGCUCCCAUAAGGCUCCAGUUCAUGGUCCUUUUUAAAAGCUUUCUAAGUAAGUAAAUAUUAAGGGGGGGCUUCAAAAUAUUGCACUUUUCCCUGUGACUGAAGUUGCAUGGAACUUAAUCAACAAGCGUGGAAAAUUUUUAGAGAACACACAGUUUACAUUAAGGAAACAAAUGUUUCCUAUUAAUGGAAUUCAUGUCAAAAUAGCUUCUCUGGAGCAGCCGUUCCCAUAUAGUGCAGAACAAGGUCCCACAUACAGAUAACAUUAUCCAUACCCUGAAAGCGAAAACCUGGCAACUGCUCCCCUCAUUAGUGGAAGAUAAGUCAAGGUCUAUGAGGUCAUUAAAGAAACAAAGUGCAGGACCGGAAGGAAGGGUAUUAAUGUGAUUUAGAAUAUUUUAUCUUAACCAGGAUUUCUGGAAAGAAGUGUGCAGACCAAACUGUGGGUGAGUUUGUUCCUAAUUAGUUUCUAAUUGGUUUUUCAGGGAUAACACAGAUGCAUUCUGUCCAGUGAAGCAAAUCUUCAGCUUUACCUAUAUUUUAAAAGGGGGGUGAUGGUGGUGGUGGUGUAUAUAAGUCUUUCCUGACUCUAGAGCUUAUAAUACUUUACCACCUAUAGGCAUUAAUCUUCAAAAGGUCUGGAAAUAAACUACCAAUGAGGUAACUUUCCUUCCUUUCCUCUUAAUUACAAAAUUAAUAAUAUCUGUGCUAUUUGAGGCAUGUUUUGGACAUACAAGCUGAGGCUGACCAUAUUCAGACCACUUUCUUGCAUUUUGUAUAAAUAGUCUGAGAACUAAAACCAAAGCUACUUAGUUUAGAAAAGAGGUUUUCUGUUGACUAAUUUUGUCUGUGAAUAAGAAUUAUUUCCUUUACUGUGCCUUCUUGUCCAGCACUCAAAUAUUUCUUCCAACUUAAAGUGCCAGUUUCUUUUUUCUAUUUGUACUUUUUGCCAAAUGUUCUUAGGUCAUCUUUCAUGCAAACAGCAUUUUUGAAUAUUUAAAUUUCACAUCUUUUUACAUGCUUCUAGCAAGGUAAAUCUUGUUCCUGAAGAAAAUUUAAUUUAAUUUAACAUUACCUAUCGAGUAGACCCAUGUCCAAGUUCUUUUCAAGUCUGUAGGGUUGCUUAGUCAUGACAAGUAACACACAUGGACAUUUUCAGGACUGGGGUCUGCAUCGUGUCACUGAAAUCAGCUAGAAAGGGGCACAGCUGACUGGACAGAAAUAUGUCAGCUGGAAGUUAGAAGCAUUAAUUGCUUAUUAAAUGAAACCACAGUCUUCACCUUUUUUUUCUUCUCCCCAACUUUAAAAAAGACAUGGAUUUGGAAUCCAAAGAGAAAAUGUGAGGGUCUUACAUGCUAUUGGAAGGUUCAUAUCAAGGUUUUGGAUUGCUUGGGAAAACCUGUAUGUCUCAAUGGCACAACCAUUGCCUUGAUGUACACAAGGAUUUCAGAUAACAUAGUAAUUCUGAUUAAGAAAAAGGGAACAGAUACCUCAAGCUGAGAACUCCUUAUAAAAAGGCUUAUUCUUAGAAGUAACCUACAGUAGUUAUUUGCUUAUCCUCAGAGAUGCUUAUCUAACUGAAUGUCCUUUUUGUUCCCUUGUACACAUGCCUGCAUCUCUACCUGUUUCAUUGGUAAACUGUGGAAUGUUACUGGACAUGAAGCCACAAGAAAUACAUGGUCACUGUUAGUUAUUUACAAAAGCAACUAGGACUACGUCUGAAAUUUCAGUAGUUUAUCAUCAUAUUCUGCAGAUUAUUUUUUUUCCACCCAGGUUGAGUUGUUUCUUCUUGCCAAAUGGCAAACCUUCUCAUAGCUGUCCUUGAACGCUUCAGGCAAGAUAUUUUUAGUGAGGUUAAUGCCUUUUUUUUUUUUCUUCCCCCCUCAGUACAUGGCAAACACAAAUACUAGUCAUCAAUAUAUUCUACAGAAAUUAAUUCAGAAGGUCAGGAUACUACUGUUUUUAGGGGAAAAAGCAUGUUUUCUCAUCAUCUGUUUCUGUACGGCCAAGUUCUGUGUCUUUCACUAGUUGCUCACCUCAAAAUUGCAGCUUGCUACUCAUUUCGUAUGUGUGCAGGCAUCUUCUACAUCAUCUUCUAAAUUCUCAUUAGCAGAAAUGCCCCUAGUUUCCAGGGAUGCAGAAAUUUCAGAAAAUAAAAUAUACUAUGUGUAUUUCCUGUCCAUCUAUUCUGAUAUUCCAUUCUGUCAUUGCUUUCCAUGUCACUUUUCAAGGGGUAAGGGGACUAUCACAAAACGUUAUCAUUUGUGUAUGUGGGCAUAUUAUGUGUAUGGUGUUCUGAAGGAGUCGGCUACAAAAAUGUGACUUGUGUGGUACCAAUGAGUAACAUUUUUCUUCCCUCUUUAGCUUAGUGAAAUGAGAUUGUGUUGCUUUAAGACUUCUCAGGAAUGUCUUCCAGUGUUAUUGAUAAAAGUCUAUGAUAAUGUAUGGUGCUUAUUAUGAGCUUGGUUUGGUACAAAAAGGCAUUCCCUCAGUGACUAGUGUUGGCACAUGCAGGUGAGAUUCAGAAUUUUCAUCUCUAGCAUCUUUAGGUAAAAAUGCUUAGGUAGGGAUGUAAACUGUUUGAGACCUCACCAAUUUCUGCAGCUUACUAAAUAACUCUGUCUAUUACAGGGCUAAAAGGAUAUAGACAGUUUUUCCUGACUGCAGGUUAUGAAUAAAUUUAGCGAGUAAGGUCAGGUGCAGUAUUUAGUUUAUCUUGAGUCUCAGGAAAGAGCUUCUCAAACCGAGAGCUUCAGCAGGACUUGUGCACCAGCAUAUAAGCACGCCUCCUGGGUAAGAAUACCUUCCUCACAUGAAGGUUGCAUUUAAGAACUCAUCAAAUGUAAAUCUUAUUUCGUAGCUGAGUGGUAGCGUUCAGAUUUAUGUUGUCUUCAAAGCACCUGACCGCUGUCUAAUUUAGGGCAGACAAUGUUAUACACUCUAGGAACCAGUUACUGGGACAACGAAUGACUACAUGAGCAGCAAGUGAGGAAAAAAAAUUGAUUGUUUAAGACAACUUGUGUAAGAAAGAUAGUGAAAUUAAAUAUUCAUAAUUCUUAGGGUGGAGGGAGACCAUCCAAAUAAAAAUGACUGGAUUUCAAGAAGGCAGACUUCAGAAAAUUGAUAGGUAAGAUCUUGCAGAAGACAAGCCUGAGGUAAGAGAGGAACUGAGGAGAUAAAAUAGCUCCUUGGAGAUGUGAAGGUUAUGACUGGAAGUAUAUCCCAGUGCAGGUGACUGAUACUAGCUGUAAUAAGAGACCAACUCAGUUAAACGAGGAAUUUCAUUGACUUGAAGCACAAGGAGGGGAGGCCUACAGAAGUGGAAGUUCAGAUACCACCACAGAACAGUGUUAACAGAUAGGAAUGAAAGUAGAUGAGCUACAACCGUCAGCUGACAAAAUAAAUACAUAAGCAGUGAAAGAUUUGCACUGACAAAAAUGCUGACUACUAAAAAGAGGAUGGCUAUUGACAUAUCAAGUGAUCAUGUGCUUAGUUCAGAUUUGCAAUCUCUGUGUUGAAAUUUUUGGUUUGUUAGUGAUGACUGAUCCAAAAAGUCAAAAAUCAACUGCCAGUGUAUUGCUCGUGCAAUUGAGAUGAGUGACAAAGAUUGAAGAAGCUUACCUAGAAAAAGGAAAACUGGAUAGAAAAUUUACGUGUUGUCAAAUUGACUGGGCCUGUAGAAUUUCUUCCUGGUAGUUAAAGAACUAAUCUGAGAAACUUCAGCAUUUUAAGAUCAUCUUUGAAAACUAAUGUAAAACAAGAGAAGUAACAGAUGACUGAAAAAAAGCAAAAACAGUGCUUUAACCUUUUAAGGACAAAAUGGAGGAGAAGAUGGAAAUUAUAGAUCAACUGACCUGCCAGUGACUCUUUUCUUUUCUGACAAGUAAAAGUGAAAAUCUGUUGUUAGGGUCAGCAAGAUAUCUAUGAUGUGCAUAACAACUGAUAAGUAUUUGCUAUGGUUAAAUCAGUAAAACCCAGUCUAAUUUCUUUCUAUGAAAAAGUGGUAGAUCUUGUUAAUGGGGAUAAGAACUGGUUGCUAAAUCUUGAUUUCAAUAAGGCUUUGCACACUGUUUCAGAUGGCUCUUCCAAAACCAAAUCAGGGGAGCAAAGUCUAGCCAAGCAGACAGGAUCCUAAAAGCAAGUAUUAGUUGAUCACGGUCAGAGUGUGCAGAUUGGGAUUCUACAUGUCGCUUCUCUGGAUACAAUCCAAGGAUAAGAGAGUGUGCUUACUAAAUCAGUAGCAAAUUGACAGAUGUAUUACAAGUAUGCUAGAAAACAGGAUUAUAACUCAACAUCUCAGCUGGCGAAAUGGUCUCCCAAAAACCAGGACGCAGUUCAUCAACAUGACUGUAAGAUGCUGCUGUUUAAGCAGCAGUCAGCUUUUUCCAUUUAAUUUUGCCAGCUUUCUUGAAUAGGAGACUUGAAUUUCAGAACAGUUUUGAUGGUUUUCCUUAAAAAAUUGCUCCAGUGUUAAAAUGGCUGCAGUGCAAACAGCUGUCAUUAACACCAUCAAGAACUAGAUCUGAAAACAUGUGUUGCAACAGUUUCUAAUAAUAGAAAAUAAAUCUUAACAUCUUUUAAAGCAAUUAAAAUUUAAAAUUUUAUACCAACUUUUUAAACUGAUGCUUCUGUGCAUAAUCCAUCAUUUUGUAACAUUGAAUUUAUACGAUGGUGUAAUUGUCUUUAAAGCAUCCAGUCAAACGUUCUUUAAAUAAAUUUCAUUUUUCAGUUAUGUAUCAAGCACCUGAUCUCUACUCACACUGUUUUAAGACGUCAACUAAUAAUGUAUGUUACAUCUUUAAAAAUCAAGGCGUAUAUUACAGACAGGAUGGAAUUCUUGCAAUGAAAAUAGUACUGAGUGGUAUUAUCAGCAGAAUUAGGGCUUUUAUGUUGUAUUGUAGAAUGCAUCAAAUAAAAGAACUGCAAUGCAUUAGUUACCACCCGCUUUUCUGAUUCAGAACGUAAUAGUCCUUGUGUCCUGUCAGUUACAGUAACAUGCCAAAAACUGAUCCUUGUAUUUCUGAGGUCCUUAUUUAAGCAUUUACAUCUUGAUUAGGAAACAGAUGUGAUAAAAAGAGUAAGAUACCUGUGUGUUUACUAUGCUAACUGCAGCAUUUCAUUAGCAAGGGGAGAGAGUGUUAUUGCUUAAAUUUCCUUUAUAAUCUACAUUUAGAGGAGUUCUCAGAUAAGCUUAUUUUUAAAAUCAGUAUGAUAUGCUUUUCUCUCCACGUUAACAUGUUUAUUCCCACUGGUGGUCCACAUGCCUAUCUUAAGAACUUCUUAAGGAAUCUCCUUUGUCAGCACUGUAACCCUCUUCUCACCUGAAGCAUGUUCCUUACAGAAAGGACGAGUUAAAUACAGCUACCACCUUUUUAUUCUAUCAAAAACACUGCAAUGUUGAAACAUACUGAAAGGCCUCAGCCCAUACUGCCUGCCAGUUUAUUGUUGUUGAGUGUUUUUUGGUCUAUUUUGUUUUCAAAAGGGACUGCUAAUAGGCAAAUAAGAAAGAAAAUACCUUGCAAGUCAGGUAUCUGUGGCAUUUUCGCAGUUUUGUUAUUGAAGACUCUGAUAUUCAAACUGGAAUCAUAACUGCUGGUCUCUGUGCACAGAUUAUCUGCCUUAGACUUGGCAUGAGUCUCCAUGACCAGUGAUGUAGCUGAAGUUGACAGCUUCAAGACUGCAGAGUCUCAUGAGGAUGAGAGACUGUUGGAAACUUGAAAUUUGACAUCACCCACUCUGUUGUUUUUAAUGUUAACUGUUUCUUACUUGGAACUAUUAAAGUUGCCAAGAAAUUGCUUAUGUUUCUGGCCUCCUUGCCAGAAGACUCAUGCUUCUUUCCCACAGGCUAAUGCCUGGUCAUGAGGGGAGGGACUGAGAGGCUCCACAGAAAAAUGGCAGCCAAAACAGGAUUGCCACCAACAGAGGACCUUUAAAAAGCAUGGAGAGCAGUCUGGUUUUGAUCAACAUGAGAAAACAUGGAAGAGGACAGGAAUAUUAUGUGCAUAUUACUGCUGGCAUGUACAUGUACAAAGAACUGGUUUCUGGAGUACAUCACAACUAUUACUUGCGGAUCUACUUACUGAACAUCUGUUCAUGCCUCAGGGCUUGGCGCUGUAGCAUGAUAUAGUACUACCUUACCACUAAAAUGAGCCCCAGAGUCUGCCCUAGAACAAAUGAGGAAAGAUAAACAUUUAUUUUAGAAAAGACCGAUUCAAAUAUUUUCUCUUAAAAUAUAAAAUCGAUAACCUCUGUUAUAGCUGUAUGCAUUAUAAUCUUUUAAAAUUUUAAGUGGUUAUGUGUUGCCAGAGUCUUAAAGAGAAUGCACUGAACUGAUGAGAAGAGUAGCACAAAACCAUACCUCUUUAUAGUAAGAAUUGGGAAGCAAGUUUUUGAAGUGCUAAACCACAGUCUGAUAGCAGUAGCUGCUUCUUGCAGUCCAAUUUUACUUUAUCCAGCUCAAUUCAAACAACUAGUUCAAACUUGGAAAUGGAUUAGGAAUUGAAAAAGCUUGAGGUUUUUUCCCCUUCCUUACAAAGGAUAAAUAUGUGAAGGUGAAAUCUACUAUAUCUAAAAGCUAAAGGCAGUGCCAGCCAGAAAUUAUCAGUUCUAUUCUCUUUGUUAACAAGAUGUAUUUCAUGAAUGUUUCCAAUACAUUUAAAACAGAUCAAUCCAAGAAAGAAUUAUUUUCAAUGUUGUUUUUCAUAUUAUUCUACUUUGCAUCUAAAUAGAGCUCUAUGGAAACUAACCAAGUAUUAAAUAAUCAAGAAAAAAUGUACUUAACCACUUUCUGAUAAAAUAAAAUGUAACCAUUUAGCAUCUAAUAAGCUAUAGAAUUGUUAAUUAUGUAAAACGUAUUCCCUAGUUAUAAAAGGUUGCCAGUCUUAGUGCAAUUACUAUAUUUAAUUGCGAACAAACGUUUAAGUAAUUGCUAAUGAAGUAAUAAAAAUAAUCUUUUAGGAGAGAUAAAUACAAAUGCAAAAUAAGGUUUAAAACAUAGUUCCCUGCUUAUUUAAAUCAUUAUUAGAAACAAAUAACUUCUGACAGAAAUCAUUCCUCUUGUAAUCCAAGUUAGGAGAGGCAGUAUGGAGUAUUUGCUUUGAGAGGCACAAGUUGGAUUCCUCUUCUGAGAUUUAUGUAACUAAAAUUUUGAGGUCUACCCCAAGAUAAACUAAUGAGGCUUUCAUCUGCAGUUAGGGAAGACACAUAGGCAGGCCUAGCAGGAGAUUCAUUCCAUCCUAGAAGAGGUCACGUAAGUUGCUAUGUGGAAGUGCCGGUUCUUGGUAGAGGAGCAUAGGACAACUACUUUAGGCUUAGCCAUCUGGUGUUUUGUGGGUUUCUUUCAUAUACUUAAAAAAGCUCAAAAUUGGGAAGAAGAAUCUCUGUCAGUGGCUCAGACAGCCACAGUAAAUGCAACUGGCUUUGCUAUUGCAAUGUGUUGAUGGUGCUCUAGUCGUCUUGAGCUCCCUGAAGAGCAUCAUCUUUGUGCUUUUUUUGUUUGCGUUUUGGUUUUUAACAUGUCCUUUGCAGGGGCCUACUCUGAGGCUUGGCUGGUUUUUUUCCCCCUCCUUGGGGAAAUAUUCAAGUAUUUAUUUGUUGUAUCCUGUCUCUGCAAUGGACAACAUGCUAUGACUUCCUUGUAGUUGUAGCAUUAGUCUAAAUACUUGGAUGAAGACUUAACAGCUCAACAGUUAUUGUUAGUGUAGAAAAUAGAGCUCUCUUUGAACUGUAAAUUCUUCUAGCUGCUGAUCUGUCUUGGUUUUCCAUAGAUUCCCCAGUUUGGAUGAGUAUAUGACGUUAUUGUUUUCAUGAACUCAGUAAACUGAACUAAACAUUUCCAGUCCUGCUACACUUUUGUACACUCCUUAUCUGAGAAUUUUUCUGUUUUUUUCAUAUAACAUUUAACUGCUGCUUCCUACCCAGUUGUUUCAGGUCAGCAAGAUUACAGUUGCUUCCAAUACCUGUAAGUUUCAGAAACAACCUGAAUGCUUGUUUUUGGCAUUUGAAUCUCUCACCUCUAAGGAAAAAAUGUUUGCUAGUAAGCAUGACUUCUUUGAAAGUCAUUGCACAUUCUCAGUAAAGAUGUCUUGAAUGACUGAAAGUAACUAAAGUCACCAAUCCUCAAAAUCUUUCACAGCUUUGAAUUACAGGGUCUGGAACAAUAUGAAGGCAUCAGCAAGGUGGGUGGCUCCAACAAACUUUAGGGCCUGGAAGCUUGUGGAUUGGUACCUGCAUCCAACUUCAGCCUUGCCUUUUAGUUCCUUUUUCAUUACUUUCUAGGAUCUACUUCAAUAACUUCUUGGACUUCUAGUUUUUAGAUAAAUGCAAAUCCAAAAAGAAGGUAUCAGUGUAGAUGUUCUGAUUUGCCAUAUAAUAAAUUGUGAUGUAUGCUGAAUAUCUGCUGUUAGUUUUUUAGCGAUAUCUGAUAGCAAUUUCCACCUAUACAUGAUAGACUACAAAUAUUUCAAUUAAUAAACUUACCAAACUUCCACGAGGAAACAGUAUUCUACAGUGGUUUAUCUGCCCCUUCUUAUAAAUAAUGAAGUUCAUCCCAAUGAUGUAGUUUAAAUUUAUGUUUUACUUUCACCCAGAAGUGCUGAUCUCCCUCAUAGAAAUGGCAAACUCCUUGUCCAAGAGACUUACUAAAUGUACUCAUGAUGUUAAGAUGGAUUUCAGUCUGUCAGUGAAUAUAAGGGAGACCUUAAUUCAGGAAAACAAGUCACUGAGACAUGAAAUACUGAUAGUCUUGUGAAAAAGUUGCUUUGCAUUAUAUAGUUGAAGUGGCCUUAGAACAGAAGGGAGCACAGUAAAAAAAAAAAAAAACACCAGUAAAAAUUAA